UUUGCCUUGUCAAUGAUAUAAAAAUAGUAAUUUUUUUUGGAUGGAUUAUUUUUACGAAAUUAUCUGUAAAGUUUAAGAGAUGAUACAUGGCUGGCAAGGGCGAGAUCAUCCAGAUCCACAUCGGCCAAGCGGGUGUCCAGAUAGCCAACGCCUGUUGGGAGCUCUACUGUUUGGAACACGGCAUCUUGGCCAAUGGAAGAGUGAUGCAAAGGCCCGUCGAUGACGCGUUCCUCACAUUUUUCGAAUUCACCAGCGCGAAUACAUGUGUGCAGCCCCGCAUUGUCAUGAUCGACACCGAGCCCACGGUUAUCGAUGAAAUCCGAACUGGCGCCUACCGAAAUCUUUUCCACCCGGAUACUCUUAUCUCGGGCAAGGACGACAGUGGCAGUAACUUCGCCAGGGGCUAUAAUUUGAUGGCCAGUGAGCUCCUAGAGCGCUCCAUGAAUGCGAUUCGUCGGGUGGCCGAUCGUUGCCGGAAUCUGCGAGGCUUCCUUGUUUUCCGAGCCAUUGGUGGAGGAUCAGGCUCCGGUCUGGGUACUCGAAUAAUGGAGAAACUUUUAGAUGAUUUUGGCAGAAAGAUGACGGUUAUAGAGUUUCUGGUCUAUCCAUCGCCUUCGAUAUCCCCUGUGAUCGUAGAGCCGUACAACGCCCUAUUGGCCGCCCACUUUUCCAUGGACUGCGCGGAUGUUUCCUUUAUAGUGGACAACGAGGCUCUCUAUGAUAUCUGCGCUAAUACCCUGAAUGUCCCCGCUCCCACCUAUACGAAUCUGAACCGGAUUAUUGGGCAGGUGGUCUCCGGAUUUACAGCAUCGUUGCGCUUCGGCGGAGGGUCCAGCGUGAGCUUCCAGGAGCUCCAGACGAACUUGGUGCCGUACCCGCGAAUCCACUACCCUCUGAUCAACUACGCACCUCUGGUGCCCAUCUCCCACUCCCAGUUCGUCAAUAUGUCGACGGCCCAGCUGACCGGGCAGUGCUUCCAGAUGAGCAACCAAAUGGUCAGGUGCAACCCCUCGCACGGCAAAUACAUGUCGUGCGUCCUGCUGUAUCGUGGGGAAAUCGCUGCCAACGAGAUCAAUACGGCGCUGGAGAACAUAAAGAGGACAAAGUCGUUUCGAUUCGUGGACUGGUCGCCCACGGGCUUCAAAAUAGGAGUCUGCGGUAUGCCGCCGAUAUAUGUUCCUGGCGGCGACCUGGCGCCCACCAAUCGCGCCUGCGUGGCCAUAUCGAACAACACCAACAUCCGGAUAGCCUGGUGCCGGCUGGUGAACAAGUUCGACAAACUGUAUCAGAAGCGGGCCUUCGUUUAUCACUAUGUGGGUGAGGGGCUCGAGGAGGGAAACUUUUCCGAGGCCUCGGAGAAUAUCUGUCAGCUGGUCCACGACUAUCUGGAAGUGGAUGCCUCUGCUCCAACUUCCAACCACGAUUCCGGCGACGACGAAGACUAGUGGCCCUUAUCCACCCAAAGCCCUUUCUCCCUUCAGCAUCUGUGUUGUUCGAAAAAAUUAUUAAAUUCCCCGUGGCACAUUUUA